GACCCCCAUCCCGGGCAGCCGGGCCCCGAGGCUGCGGAAUGGGGUCCAGCAGCCUCCCGCGGCUCCUCCGCUCCCUCUGCAUCGUCUCGGUGCUGGCCGGGUGCCUGCACCCUGCCACGGCCCAGUGGUUCUCCCUGGGCUCAGAGGACACCACCCCGGAUCCAGGCACCAGCCCCACGCCCCCCACCCUGGAUGGGGAGGAAGACACAGACGCCAGCGUGGAGCCCGCGGGGAAGCUGCUGCUGAGCAAACCUCCUCUGGCAACAGCCCCUAGACGCCGGGACCAACUCUCCAGAGGGGCAGCGAAGGGGUCAGGCCAUGCCCCGCCACGCACACGAGGCCAGCACCGACCCACGGCCGCCCCGGAGAUCUUUGAGGGGAGCGCAGUGGAAGAGGAAUUCCUGCAGAUCCAGACGACGGCGAAGGGGCUGCCCCCGAGGGUCCCCUCGGCCCCGGAGACGGACCCUGCCCUCCAGGUGCACAACAUCUCCGGCUGUGUCUGCCCCGUGCGCCCCGGCCCUCCUGGCCCUCCCGGCCCAAAGGGAGAGAAAGGUGACCGAGGGUUCCCUGGAGAGAGAGGCCAGCCCGGAUUCUUAGGGGAGAGAGGGAAGUCCGGCAGCCCAGGACAGCCAGGUCACCAGGGUCCCCGAGGCCCUCCGGGUCCUCCGGGACCACCGGGGCCCCCGGGACCGCCGGGCGCUUGGGGAGCCCGGGGCCCACCCGCGCCUGCUGCCCUCCGUGAGAGAUCCGAGAACGAGCUGGGAGUCUCCAGCCCUGUGGGAAACCCAGGACCCCCAGGUCCCCCCGGGCUGCCCGGCAUGCCCGGACCCCCCGGCUACCCAGGCCACGAUGGCCCCCAGGGGGCCCCUGGGCGGGAGGGAAAGCCCGGACCCCCAGGCCCCCCAGGAGCUGUGGGGCCACCUGGCUUCCCUGGGGCUGAAGGACUUCCAGGAUCUCCAGGCUCAGCUGGGCCAGAUGGACCCCCAGGGGCACCUGGACUCCCAGGGCCUCAGGGUCCCCCUGGGUUGCCCGGGCACGAAGGACCUCCUGGUCCCCCAGGAUCUGCAUCACUCCCUGGCAAACCAGGGCUCCGAGGGGAGCCAGGAUUCCCAGGACCAAAGGGUGAGAAGGGCGAGUAUGGGCUGCCAGGCAUGCCAGGGAGCCCUGGCCGAACUGGAGAGCCAGGGUCCCCGGGCAUGCCCGGCCCCAUGGGGCCACCAGGACCACCAGGGGACUACAGGUGUGACUCACGCCACGCUGGACACCGUGGAUUGGCUGGGCUGACAGGCCCCAAGGGGUGCUGCUAUGGGGAACAUGGGUGCAAACCUGGCCACCCCCCCUUCCCCAGCACUGGCAGCCAGCCCGGCUCCUGGGGGUCCAUCAACAGGUACCAGACGGGUCUUCGAGGUCCCCCCGGGAACCCCGGCCCCCCUGGGCCCCCCGGCCCCCCCGGCCCACCAGGUCUCCUCUACCUCAAUAGGGUGCACCCCAUGCAUGCCCAGCCGCCCUGCAAGCAGCCGACAGAGCCAUCGGACUCCCGCGCUGAUCUGCGGCGCCAGACGUGGGUUUUCAAGUCCAAGGAGCUGAUGGUGAAGGCGAGCAGAGCUGUGCCCGAGGGGAGCCUGGUCUAUGUGCGGGAGGGGAGCAGCGCCUUCCUCCGGACCCCCACUGGCUGGAGCCGCCUCCUGUACCAGGAGGCAAAGAGGGUGCAGCCAAGAGGUCCCAACAUUCUUUCACCCAUGCAGUCUCCAACAGACUCACUGAUCCAGAAGGAGGAAGAACAAGGGUUGCCCCAGAUUCUGGCAACCACCAUUGCCCCACAGAUCCCAUCUCUCCGCCUGGCUGCCCUCAACGUGCCGCUGUCUGGUGACAUGAGCGGGAUCCGGGGCGCUGACCUGCAGUGCUACCGGCAGUCACAGGAGGCCGGGCUCUACGGCACCUUCCGGGCCUUCCUGUCAGCCCCCACCCAGCACCUGGUGUCCAUUGUCAAGAGGACGGACAGGACCCUCCCCAUCAUCAACCUGAAGGGGCAGCUGCUGGCCAAGUCCUGGAGCUCCCUCUUUGGGGGUCAGUCUGGUGCUGCCCUGCAGGGUCCCAUCUACUCCUUCAAUGGGCGCAACCUCCUGAUGGAUCCCCUCUGGCCCCAGCAGCUAGCCUGGCACGGCUCCACACCGCGGGGCGGCCAUGCCCGCCGGUGGGAUUGCCAGGGCUGGCGCAGCUCUGGCACAGCCCAGGGCAUGGCCACCGCCCUGGGCGAGGGCCGGCUGCUGGCCGGGCACCGGCACAACUGCUCCACGCCGCUGGCCGUGCUCUGCAUCGAGGUGGCUUUUCCUUACCGGCACAUGUGGUGACAGCAGUGACACCCAACCACGUGCUGCAGGCAUUUCUCCAGUUCUGUGUGGCUGGGGAAUGUUCCUGGGAGCACCACGGGCAGUGUUGGAGCUGUGCCAGAGCACUGAAGGGACACCGGGUCCACAUCCAGGCUGUGCCAUGCCCAGCCCCAGCUGUGCCACCACACAGAUCCCUGUGCCACAGGGCAAUGCCAGGCUGUGCCUGCAGCAUCCCAC